GAAAGUGCAUGUGGGUUGGUUGACUAUUUAAAUACGAGAAAUUUUCUCAACACGACAAUUUUACGGUGCAUAUUCUUCUAAGCAUGCUGUUUGUAGCUAUUGCUUGUUUGUUGAGCAUCAGUGCCGCAGCUUUUGGCUCUCGAGCUGAAUCCAAUUGCACGGCUCCACGAGCUCCCGAUAAUAGUGAUGCGUUCAUGUACCAAGAUGGACGGGUGGUGAAGUACGUCUGUGAUCCAGGAUAUGUUUUGAUUGGGCGACAGAUGGUGAGAUGCAUUGAUGGCAAAUGGGAAGAACCUAUACCAGUCUGCAAGAAAAUGAACGAUGAAACUGCAGACGAGGAGUUAGUUAAACCCAUUCCUCCUAAAAUACCAGAAAGACCGCUCUUCAACUGGGGUGAUGACGAUGAAUCAGAGAAAAAUGAAACUUCUAUUGAAGAUGAAAAUGAGCUUUUGAAUGACGAAGGUCGAGUACGCUUGUUGCUCUAUCCAAGACGUUCCGUCUUUACCACUCGGUUUAUAAGACCGACCAGAUUACAAAGCGGGACAGAACUGGAAGAAGAAGAACGGAAGCGAUCCCAAACAGGAGAUAAAAAAACUAUUGAAAAUGAUGAAACGAAGAGACAAGUGAUCAGUUUCCCGCGAGCUCCGGUAACACAGAAUGACAAGGGCUAUCAAGAUAACCUGCGACAUAUGUAUUAUAUGGCCCACCAUUACUAUCCUUAUGAAUAUCGAAGUGGAAGUCCCGUAUCUGCAACUCUGAGCCACUCUCAGCUGGCGUGGAUCAACAGCUUGCAUCCUGAGUUGCGAGACCAAUACUUGCGAGAUCUUUACUACUUGGGAGCUGACGAAACCACCAAUGAAGCCAGAGCUCAUCAUGCUUACCUACGGAGAUACGGAAAUGCUUACAAUCUCUUGUACAGUUCAGUUCCUUAUUAUUAUAGGGAGCCAUCAGUAGCACUCCUCUCAGAAGAUCCCGUCACAGAGUAUGACUACAGCUGCAACCAAGCUCACUCCAGUUUUGUCAAAGCACCAAGGUUACCCAACAUGCACAUCGCCCGAUAUGAUCGCAGACAAAAUCCCAAUUCACCUCAUAAUAACUACUUGUCUGCCGUCUACCGCUGCAAUCCCGGAUAUAUUAUGUUGGAUGCAAGACAUACUGAACUGCACUGUAGCAAGAGAAGGUGGAUUGGUGUGCAACCAAUUUGUGUGCGAAGAGGAUAAGACGAAAGUUUUGAUUGGGCAUCUAUGGGCAUUAAAUAACGCAGGAGCAUCAUUUUUUUUAAAAAGAAAUUAAAAAAAUAAAAAUAAAAAUAAAAUACGAGUUGCAUAGUGUACUCGAGCAUGACAUAGUAUCGUUUUCAUAAAUAAGGUUCAAGAGGGCAAGUUUUCUUUUAAAAGUUUUUUCCGAUUAAUCGAAGUUUUAGAAUUUGAAAGUUUUUGACAUUUGAUUAGUUGAACUAAAAGAAGCAAGUGGCAUAGCCAGUUUGAGAGUUAAAACCAAAUAUUUGUUUUUGAAAGUCAUGCUUGUCAAUUAAAAAUAAUCGACUCCUGAAAUAGCAUUAAUGGUUUCGUUAACGUUUUGGAAGCGCACAGGUUGCUUUAAUGUUGUAUUGUGCUCUGUGAUGAUUAUAAAUUCAGCUGUAAGAGCCUUUUGUGCACACAGUGCACAUAUUUGUAAAUAUUAUUACCGUUUAGUCAUAGUGCCAUGCAGGUUCUUCUGUUUGUACAGUUGUUAAAGUUUAUCAAAGUUUUAUUUUUGUGAAAAAUAUUGAGUGUUGUUGUGGAAAAAUACAUCUCUAAAUGUACUGAAAAUUAUAUUUCCAUGCUUUGUUGUUCUUUAUAUGCAGUAUUUUGCUUUGAAUUUCAUGCCAGAAUUUUUAUUAUUAUGUGAAUAUUCAAAAAGGAAUCGGCAAAAUGCUUUACUGGUGUAAAAUAAUGCUUUGCAUUUCUGAUUAAAAAAAUAAAGAUUUUUGAAAGAGUG